GGGGGUGGCCUGUUUGCCGGCAGUCGGCUAUGCAAGGCUAAGUGGGAAGGGGCACCGUUCAGUGGUGGCAGGGCAUCUGCUUGGCACGCAGAGCUCCCCCAACAGAGAGAGCAUUGCUGGGGGGGGGGGGAAGCUGCUGCCCGUCCGUGUCGGCAAUACAAGCUAGAUGAGCUAGCGGUCUGACUGGGAGUAUAAGAUGACUUCCUACAUGGUGCAGAGUCUGCCCGGAUAAUUUUGCAGCAUUUGGGAUUUGGGGAUAUGUUUUAAAAGGAGGGGAUUAGGAGCAAGGCAAGUGUCCCAGCUGAGAAGUGGGGACAUGUCACGGAGGUUAAUUUGAGCUGUUGUUUCGUGGGGGGGUGGGGUGGCGUGUUUCCCCAGUUCCAGAACUUAGCCCUGGAAUGCAGGAAGUCCUGGAGGGGACAGUGUUUUGAAGUGCCUUUCUCUUGCACACAUGGGGAGGCUGUGGAGGGUCUGAAGGGGGGUAAUAGAGGGCAGAAAACGGAGCAGAAUUCAGCCCUUGCACCUCUUACCUUGGAAAUCCAAAGACUGCAUGAGCAGUGCUUAUUAAGCAGAAUUGCAAUCGUGGCUGGGGCACACAUUACACACACACACACACACACACACACACACACACACACAUAUAUAAAUAGAACUGGGUACUGUAAAACGUGCUGGCCGUAGCCUUGGAAGGGGUCCAGAGGUCAAUCAGUCUGACCUGCCUACUGCUACGCUGUGCCAGUUGCAGGGUGCAGAAGCAAGGUGGAAGUGAGCCCAUCUCUGUCUUUGCAGGGCAAAACAGCCCACCCAUUAGGGCUGCAAGCCAACCUGAUCUUUAAGGGAGGGUAAAUUCCAAUCCAGAGUCCAGGUGUGAUGUCCUGUCAGGCCAGAGCUGCUCAAACCACUGUGUCCAUACCGUCUCCAUUUAAGAACAGAAGAGUUUGCUGGAUGAGUCUGGUGACUUGUCUAGUCUAGCAUCCUGUUCUCACAGUGCCCCACCCCUACCCCCGAUGCCUGGAGGAAACCAGCAAGCAGGAUCUUAGCACAAAAGCCCUGUCCCCUUUUGAGCUUUCCAGCAACUGGUCUUCAGAAGCCUUGCUGCCUCCAACUGUCAUGGCUAGCAGCCAUCGGCAGCCCUCUCCUCUGUGGAUUUGUCCUCAGAGAAAGGUUUGUGGGUGGGGAGAAGCUAACUUACUGAAUGUACGAGCCACUUCAGAUGUUCGGUAUCGCUGGCAUUUGGUUUGCUUGUCUCCAGGCAUCCAUAUGCAUGGAUCGGAUCAAUGGAAAUACAAAUGAUGGGUCUGCUGGAAAUUCGUCAGAAUCAAUUUAGCUGUCCUGAUUGAAAGGGGUUGCUGUAUAGCACAGCUGAGCAGUGCCUCGAGGGAAGCUUAUGGUGCUGUGGAGCUGGAUGUUGGGGGUGCAGCAGGGGUUGUUUUUGCCCGCCCACCUCUGUCUCUCCCCCCCCCAAACUUUUCCAAUUUUGCGCUAGUAAGGAAGAAACAGUUUGUGUGCAGAGUAGCCGGCUGGUAACACGCUGCAUGUGCGGAGCUGAGAUAUUCUCAGUGGAGGAAGGAAGUUUGACGUCAGAGAUGCUUGAUCUGAGCAGAAGGCAUCAGAGAUGCAUGUGAGCUUUGCGUAGGCAGCUGUUAUCGAGCCGUGCCGUAGUGCAGCAGAAUGAGCUCUUGCAGGGAGGGCUCUGGGCUCUGGCGCCCUCCAGGAUGGUGUCUUGACAAACGGGCUCUGUUCCAGAUUGCAAAGCAUUUCUACGGAAGAUGGCUGUAUAGGGUAUAUUGAUGCCCUCUCCCUCUGACCAACUUCUAACCUGCUUGCUGUGAUUAUGCAGACCUCUCUUUUCUUCAUUAAAAGGUGUUUUUUCCCCUCUUAAGUCACAAAUCAAUUUAAAAGUGGGGUGGCUGGCAAGACUAUGCAUACCCAAACAAUUUUCCAAGGCUAAGGCAUUCCUGUAUUGCAGGGGGGUUGGACGAGGUGACCUUUCUAACUUUACAACAAUUUGGGGGACUUCCAAGGCUGCCUUUUGCAUCCUUGAGGACUAGAUGCUUGUAACUGUUUGCUGAGCAACAUCUGGCGCCCAUCUGGUGACUUGGAAGGCACAUAUUACGGAGUGGAAUGUGACCCCCCCCCUCUUCUUUCUGUCUUGUUAUUUAUGUGAAGAUUAUUUGAUCCUAGUUUUUACCCUAGUCCUUUCAUUUCGGUGAUUAUGUUUGAAGGAGGGUAAACACCGUUUGUUGUGGGGAAGGAAGCGGCUAUGGAAAGGGGGAAAUACGAGAGGGUCUGUUGGAUGAAAGGGACAAAGAGAAAUGUGGAAAUCUAGAAGAAACUGCUGAUUUAGAAAAGCAGGAAAGAAGCAGAGGUUCUGUGCGUAGCCCCAAGUUCUGUGGUGUCCUGAUGGUAUGACUACAGAACUAGUUUGCCCAAUAAAUCACCAUUAGUCAUGAUAGCUAAUGUCAGCAUCCCCCCCCCCCCCGGAGUGACAACUUCUGGAGGCAAAUGCCUUCAUCCUGUCUGCUUGUUAGCUUCCCAGAUGGAGCAUCUCGCUGAGCAUUCUGGGAAAUGGGGAUCGGACCUUUGGUCCAAGUCACCAGGACUGAUUAAAUCGGAUCAGUUUUAUCAGUGGAGUGGAAAAUCCUUACUGGGGUGGGUGGGAACAUCAAAUUGGCAGCAGAGUUAGGUGAGCCAGAAAUGGGCCCGAAAACAAGUCUCUUUAAUAUGUCUGGAUCCCGUCCUUUAAGACGUUUUGGAAAGUGAGUGGCCCAGCUUUGGAAUCUGUGACAAAGAGUGCCUCUGUUCACGUGCAGACUUCCUUAACACUGGAGCACGAUGUCAUUCCAUGCUGGGGCACAUGCAAGUGAGUGAGUCACUUGGAAGGAUUUAGAGCAGGGGGAGUUUUAAGAAUCGCCCCAUCUCUCUCAAUCGCCCUCUCCAAAGAGUCUUUUCUCUUCUUUGGCUAAAUGCCAUAGCUCAGUGGUGCAGCACAAAGGGUCUUGGGUUCAAUUCCUGGCAUCUCCAAGUAGGAUAGUUAAGGCCUGUGACCCAAGGGAUCUGCUGCCAGAUAGCAUUUCUAAGCUUGAUGGGAUGGCAGCAUCCAAUGUUCCUAAAAAGUUUUACAAUUUUUUAAAAAGUGGCAUGGGGCUUCAAUACUGAUGCCAGCUGCUAACCGGAGUAUGUGUUGCACAUAUCCAGGAAUAGCGAGCACUGUUUCUGAGGCAAAGCAUAUAAUUUCCAAAAAUGCAUGAGGCUCGUCGUCCUCUUUCUAAAAAUUAACCGCUGUCUGACCUGAACUCUUCCUUGCGAAUUCUGCUGGGGAUUUCAUAUUCUGGCGCAACAUCGCCCCCACAAUGCAUUUCUCUGGGUUGUUUUUUUGGGGGUAUGUGUGUGUGGGGAGAGCUGUAUUGCAGUCAUCCCUCUCAUUCACCCAGCCGGUGUGUUCCUGUGGUGAUCCUUCGCUGCGUUCACGCCCCCCAUGCCCAUGCGCACCCAUGCUUGUCUCAGGCACGUGGCUGCGCAUGAGGAUUCCCCCGCUUCCCUCCUGCCUGCUGCCAGCCCUGUCUGGUGACCCGUUGGCCCACCUGGCUACUGGCCAGGCCCCCUGGGUGAACCCGCUUGCUGGAGAGUAAGCCGAGAGCAGCCACAGAUAAGGCGCUCGUCUUCAUCCCUCGCAGCAAAACGCAGCUUGCUCUACCCAAGCCGGAAGUGAGUGGCGCUGUGCCAGGGGACAGGAAUGGAACAGCCUGUACCCUUAAUGGGACCUGGGAGGGACGGGUGGCAAGAAGAGGAGGACUGGGGAGAUCAAAGCCCGGCUUUAUUUGACUCGGGGAGCUGAACGGAGAGCCAGUCACACGGUGAUGCGGCGGCGCCGGAAGAGGCUGAGGUGCAGGAGCUGGUACAGCCUUGCCACCCCUCUCAUGAGCCCACCACCCACCCCAGAAUCUGCAUGCAUCUUCCUUUGUGAGGAAAUCCAACAACAACAACAACAACAACAACAACAACAACAACAACAACAACAACAACAGAACACAGACUUCUCAUCUUAAGGGUGCUUCCGUUGCGGCGGGAUGAGUUGUGAUGGGGUUGUGGGUUUGAGGGAGGCCCGGGGGUGGUGCUUGGCCCUGUGUUGGCUUGUGCGUUUGUAUGUACAGUUGUGCUUGGAGGAAGAAACUUGCGAUAGAUGUGCCCAUUAGUAGCAAUUUUGGCGGGCACUGAGAAAAUCUUAAGGGUGUGUUAUGUGUCUGUCUGGUUUGGAGGCUCGGACCCAAAAGACGGGGCAUUUGUUGGGGGCUCUCCUCAGAAGCCACAGCGAAUAAUUAGAAAUCGUAAGAGUUUGAUCGAACCAAGCCUUCAAGUCUAAUGGGGAAAUCGUAGAAUCGUAAAGUUGAGAGGGACCCUUGAGAGGCAUCUAGUCCAACCCCCUGCAAUGCAGGGAUACGCAGCUCUCCCAUAGGGGGAUCGAACCUGCAACCUUGACGUUCUCAGCGCCACACGCUAUCCAGGCUAUCUCAGCUUGAACUCCCUGCCUCUUGAGUCAGCCUAGAGCAGGGGUAGGCAACCUAAGGCCUGUGGGCCGGAUGCGGCCCAAUUGCCUUCUCAAUCCGGCCCACAGACAGUCAAGGAAUCAGCAUGUUUUUACAAGAGUAGAAUGUGUGCUUUUAUUUAAAAUGGAUCUCUAGGUUAUUUGUGGGGCAUAAGAAUUCGUUCUUUUUUUUUCCUCCCCAAAAUAUAGUCCGGCCCCCCACAUGGUCUGAGGGACGGUGGACCGGCCCAUGGCUGAAAAAGGUUGCUGAUCCUUGGCCUAGAGUGUGAUGCAAAGGACUGUGGGAAACCCAGGCUCUCAAAUCCCUACUGAGCCAAGAAGCUUGGUGCCUUGAGCAAUGUCACUCAUGGCAUAGCCCAGCGUUUCUCAACCGCUGUUCUGCGGCUCAGUAGUGUGCCGUGAGACACCGGUUGGUGUGCCGCGACGUGCCGGGCUGCCAGGGGCGCCGAGCCGCUGCGCCCGCGGCAGUCGUCCGGGGCCCGCGGUAGUUGCGCCCGACUCCCGAGCCGUGCGGCGCCUGAGGCGCCCGUCAUCACACCCGCGCUGUGUGGGAGGGGGCAGGGGCUGACGCUCCCGACGUUCGGGAGUCCUUUGCGCAUGCGCAAAGCGCAGCUGUGGACUCCGGCGGUUUCCGCGCUGUGUGGGAGGGGGCAGGGGCUGACGCUCUCAUGGUCUCCCGACUCUGCCAGCCAGGUCUCCUUCUCCCGACGUUGGCAGCCCGGCGCAGCUCACGGGGCGCCCAGGGGCCGUCAAGGCAGGUGCUCGGCUCCCGCCGGCGGCCCUUCUCCCGCCAUGGCUGCCGCCGCGCACCCAGCUGGGAUCCAAGCAGGCGGCCGUGGGGCGGGUGUGUCGCUGGGUCCGCUCCUCCUCCUCCUCCCUCGGUGGGGCUCUGAACUCCCUGUAGGUGUGUUUAAACUUUUAUUGAUGAAAAGUAAACUCUUCAGCAUAAGUCUGUAAUGAUAUUAACACGUAUUUUCAUUUUAGGCAGGCUAAAUCAUUUCGAUUAAUGACACAGCACUUCCUGUCGAGAAUCCCAGCAAAACAAUUUUGCAUAGGUGUACGCCACACAUUUCAUUAAAGUGCGCAUCCAGGGAAUCCCCCCCCCAAAAAAAACCCCAUUUAUUGAGUACAUAAUCAUAAAAGGACAUCAUUUUUAUUCAUCAAACUAAUGAAACAAAAGUUUCACUAUUUCUUUUAAAUUAACAACCAAACUUUAAAAAUACAAUCUUAAGUGAGACACAAAUUACUAUCUUUUUGGCAAGUGUUUCUUACAGUCAUAAUUAUAUAGUCAAUAUAGGGCGUCACAGAGUUAAAUUUUUUAACUUUUUUAAUGGUGGUGUGCCUCGAGAUUUUUUUCAUGGAACAAGUGUGCCUUGGCCCAAAAAAGGUUGAGAAACACUGGCAUAGCCUACCUUGCAGGGUUGUCGGGAGGGUAAACAUGGCCUCCCUCUGCCCCCUCAACACAUCAGCUUAGUGAACUCCUUGGAGGAGGAUGGGAAGGCCUGCGUGAUAAAUAAGAUUGUGAAUGUUGGGUGUGUUCUUCCAUGUAACCGAUGGCUUUGCUGUUGUGGAACAUGGUGUGCCUGCGUGGGUUGGUUCCACCCAUAAACAUAUCCUGGUCUGGGUGACAAAUCACAGGGUUGCAUUGCUUUAUCUUGUGUCUGAAGGUUGUGUGGGCCUGUUGUCGAACCUUUACCCUUGAGGUGCGAGAUAUCCACAAGCAGGGAGAGCUCUAACUUUUCAGACUCCGCCUCUCCCUACCCAUAUUCUGACCCAUGUUCCCAGGAGAACUAUCCCUUCUUUUUUCUUCCAAAUGAGUGCAUCUGCCUUUAAUGGUCAUCAAAUCUUUAUCUUCUGCUUUUCUUCUGCUUUGAGUUCCUGCAUUGGAGGGGGUUGGACUAGAUGACCCCCGGGGAUCCCUUUCAACUCUCCAAUUCUAUGAUUCUGUAAGUGGAAGUUGCAGGAGUCAGGUGUUUUGGAGGGAGAGUUGCCUCCUCCUUUGGUAGGUUAUCCUGGGAAUAAAUGCCAAGGUUGCAGAACUGAUCUCUGUUUAUUGGGCCUGGGUAGGGUUGGCGCUCUCCCCAAAUAUUGUCAGCUUGGCCACCCAUUAUUUGACCAUGGGUCAGAUAUUUCAAGAAGGCCACUUGGUAGAUGGCAACUUUUUUCCUUCCCUGAUUUUUCUUAUGGAAUUCCUUAGAGCGUUGUUUUGUUAGCAAGGGGCAAGAGUGAGGCCUGCCUUCCCCCCUAAACCCGCAGCAAAUCUCAGCAAAGCUUUCCCUGAUAUAUGUGAACUCGCCUCCAAGUUCAGAUCGAAGCCCCAUCUAGCCCAGCAUCCUCUUCUCACAGUGGCUGGUCCCUAAAUCUCAGCCUGACCUACCUCACAGGGUUGUUGUGAAGGUGGAAAUGACAACAUAGGUCUCCCUGGGCAAAGAAAUAAAAUCAGAUGUGCUUUUUAAGAAGCUAAUGGCUGUUUUGUGAAACAAGGACCUCUGGUUCCGCCCCCCUUCGUUUUCUCAGUGGCUUUUCAGACUUGUUGACUAUUGUCAUCUGCUCUUCUUGUAACAUAAAUCCAUAACAAAAAUGUUAUUUGACCGGUCCCAUCCUCAUCCCUUGACCUGGGAAUAGAACUCAGAACAGCAGCUUCUGUAAAUGGGAGUCGUGAGACAAUUUUCUUAUUUGUUUUCUAUAUUCCAUUGAUAUCUUGCUUUUCCUCCAAGAAAAGCAUGCAUUGCUCCCCUCCCCAGUCCUCACAACAACCCUGAGAGGUAGGCUAGGCUGACAGGCCUAAGGUCACUCAGGGAGCUCCAUUGCGGUCGAGCGAAGAUUUGAACUCGUGACUCCUCAGUCCUCCUUGUCUAACACGAACAACAUGACACAAGCAGAUAUCCCAGAAUUGCCCUGCCUGGAGGCCUACCUCAAAAGUGUUGCUUACCCUGAUGUUUCAGUGCUUUUUCUGGAAAAAUAAAGUUGUGUGCAUGUUUGUUUGUUUGUUGUGGGCCCAGUUGAAGUGCCCCACCCCACCCCUGGGCAGCGGCUAAAUGCAAGAUGUGAUUAAUAAACUCAAGCGAACAAAGAUUCUGGAUUCGAAAUAGCUACGAUUUUAUGGGUUACAGACAAAGGUGGAUUUUUGGCUCACCCUGACAAAAAAAGUACCGUAUUUUUCCAUGUUUUUUCCCUUAAAAAAUAAUGUCAAAAAUUAGGGGGCAUCUUAUACACAGAUACAUCUCUCCCCCCAAUUUUCUUAAAUCUGAGUCCCCCAAAAUAGGGAGCGAAUUAUACAUGGGGGCGUCUUAUAGACGGAAACAUAUGGUAAUUGUUUAAUUUUAAAAAGGUAAGGGAGCUCAGUUCUCUCUUGCUCAAAAAACACACACAAACAAACCCCUGGCCUUCCUUCCUUUCCUUGCAGGUCUACCACAGAAAUCCGGAAGGAGAAAUCGAGGGACGCGGCACGAUGCCGCCGCAGCAAGGAGACGGAGGUUUUCUACCAGCUGGCACACACCCUGCCCUUCGCCCGGGGGGUCAGUGCCCACCUGGACAAGGCCUCCAUCAUGCGGCUGACCAUCAGCUACCUGCGGAUGCACAAGCUACUGAAUUCAGACCUGUGUCGCGGCUGCUGCAGAGGGAUGCUCAAUGGAUAGGCAUUGUCCGAUGGGGAGGAGCGCUUGCCCGCAGAUGCAUGACAAAGGAUGGCUGUUGGACCAAACCAGCAGCAGCCUUGAACCCGAGAUUCCCCGCCUUCCUUUGAAGCUGAAAAAAGAGAAUGGAGAGAUGAGGUGGAGGCAGAGGAGCAGGUGGACGCGUAUUACCUGAAGGCCCUGGAUGGCUUCCUCAUGGUCCUGACCGAGGAAGGGGACAUGAUCUACCUCUCUGAGAACGUCAACAAGCACCUGGGCCUCAGUCAGCUGGAGCUCAUUGGUCACAGCGUAUUUGACUUCAUUCAUCCCUGUGAUCAAGAAGAACUGCAAGAUGUAUUGAGCCCAAGGCAGGGUUUCUCAAAGAAGAAGGAGGUGAAGACGGAACGCAGCUUCUCCUUGCGCAUGAAGAGCACCCUCACGACCAGGGGGCGCACCGUCAACCUCAAGUCUGCCACCUGGAAAGUGCUCCAUUGCUCCGGCCAUAUGCGGUCCUAUGCACCCGCCAAGCCAGCAGGGGAAAAGGAGGCAGAAGGCGGCUUCGUGGAGCCCCCUUUGAGGUGUUUGGUGCUGAUCUGCGAGGCCAUCCCGCACCCCGCUAACAUCGAGACCCCGCUGGACAGCGGCACCUUCCUCAGCCGCCACACCAUGGACAUGAAGUUUACCUAUUGCGAUGAGAGGAUCGCAGAGGUGGCUGGUUACACGCCUGAAGACUUGCUGGGCUGCUCCAUUUACGAGUAUAUCCACGCCCUGGACUCUGAUUCUGUCAGCAAGAGCAUCAACACCCUGCUGAGCAAGGGGCAGGCGGUGACCGGGCAGUACCGUUUCCUGGCCAGGAACGGCGGCUACCUGUGGACCCAGACUCAAGCCACGGUCAUCUCCAGCAGCAAAAACUCCCAGCCCGAGAGCAUCGUCUGUGUGCACUUCAUCUUGAGCCAGGUGGAAGAGAUGGGCCUGGUGCUCUCCUUGGAGCAGACCGAGCGGCAGGGGGAGCACCGCCGGCUGCCCCCGCCCUCCCUCGAGGGGCUGGACUCCGACGGGGCGCUUGAUGACCUGGAUGCCAACGGGGGAGACACCAUCAUCAACCUCAGCUUCGAGCUGCGUGGCCCCAAAGUCCUGGCCUUCCUGCGCCCCGCCAACAUCAGCGAAGAGGAGCUCCAGCUGGACCCCAAGCGCUUCUGCAGCCCCGACCUCCAGAAGCUGCUGGGCCCCAUCUUCGACCCUCCUGGGGCCCAGAGCCAAGCGCCAGGGACCCUGCGGGCAAGGCCUCCAGCCGCACCGCCCAAGCCUGCUCCGGUUGCCAAGAACGCUUCUGGAGGCAGGAGCCCAGUGGACCCGGUCGAGCUGCCAGAAGAGCUGCUUUUUGACAUGGAGAACGUGCAGAAGCUCUUCGCUUCCAGCAAGGAGGCUCAGUCAAUGGAGACGGCCCUGCAGGACUACGAAGGCCUGGACCUGGAGAUGCUGGCUCCGUACAUCUCGAUGGACGACGACUUCCAGCUCAGCAGCACUGACCACCCGCCCUGGCUGGCUGAGAAACGGGGUGGGGUCCUGGGGACGGGGACCCGGCCCACCUCGCCACCCCCACGGCCUCGCUCGAGAAGUUUCCACGGAGUCUCCCCCCGCCCGCCCGAGCAGGCCACUCUCCCCCGCUGGGGUAGCGACACCAGCCUGAGCCAUCCCCGCCCUGUCCAGUCCCCAGGAAGCCCCCCAUGCGGAGCAGAGCAAGUGGUGGAGAUGGUGGCAUCCGUUAAGAUCCAGGCCGUGCAGGAUGGGAGCGGUCAGAAUGGCCAGGCGGCCUCUGUGGGUGGGAGGAAGAGGGCCCGGGAGCUGAGUGUGGAGGAAGAGAGAGAUGUUUUCCUGGAAGCAGGGCUCCCUAAGCGCACCCGUGGCCUGGAGCCCGAUGGCUUCUUGAUGCCCUCUCUUAGCCUGGGUUUCCUGCUGAGUGUGGAAGAAUGUUUGGAUGCCAAGUCCGAGCGGGGUUUUGGGGGCACCAUGUCCCUGGGCAGGAAGCUUCUGUCGCUGGAGGAGCCGAUGGGCCUCCUGGGGGACAUGCUGCCAUUUGUGGUGGACGGACCAGCCCUCUCUCAGCUGGCCCUGUUUGACGCCGAGGACGAGGCCUCCGUGCAGAGCGGGCAGCAUUUUCAGCUGGGGGAGGAGCUCCUGGUGGAGCUGGACCAGGCCACCUGAGGUGGUGGCCCCGCCGCCGCCGUCACGCCACACUCCUGCUCCGCAGAUGGGACAAAAACAGAACCAAACCCCACCCAAAACCACCCAUGAGAGGCAGAGGAGGGGAGUGGGGCCCUCCUUCCUUCCCUCCUCCUCCUCCAACCAUCCCCCACCCCACCCAAACGCCCUGCUCUCUCUCUCUCUUUGCCACCCCCAAAUCUCCGCCGGCAUCCUUGGAACUCUUCCUACCUCAGUCCUGUCCUGUCCUCAUCGCGCAGCCUCUCCCCUCCGGAGACGGCGAGGGAGGAAGGCUUAGCCGAACUUAGGAGCCAGCGUUCGUAGGGACUGUCUGUCCCCUGCCCCACUCCAAACCAGCUCCCCCCUCCCCCCCCAAAAAAAUAUUGGUGCUCACGUAUCCUCUUUUCUUGAGAUGGGAAGCAGAAGUGGGGUGGAAGAAAAGGAGUUGGGGGCCCAUAUUAAGCCUCCUCACAGGAUGAGUCCGUUCUGUCAAAUCCCCCCAAAUUGAGAGGAGAGUAGGGGCGAAGGGGUGGUCAGGGAUUGGAGACAGGGGUGCCGCGCUCCCCUGAGAAACGAGGGAGGCAGGGUGAUGCCUGAACAUGGAGGGAGCCGCCCCUCCUCUGUGACCCUCCUGCCGGCUUCCAUCACGAGUUCACCCAUUCCGGAAGGAACUGGGACCACCCAAACACAGGAGGCAAACUUUAGGGUUGGGCAGCACUGGGCUUGCUCUUGCACCGCCAAGACUUAGGGAGGGAGCUCUUGCCUCUCUGAUGUCCCAGAAUCCUUCAGGGGAGCCUCUUUGGCGACAGUACCAUACUCAUUUAUCUCCCCUAAGCUCUUGCCUCAUAAAAGAGAUCAGGGAGCACUUCUGGGGAAGACAGUUUUGGCCAGGGUAGGGUGUUAUUCAAGCGCCCCCCGGCCCCCUUGUUCCCGAUCGUCCGGACCGAAUUUCCCCCGGAAGUGGCCCAAAACUUAAGAGAUGGAAAUGAAUUUCUUCUAGAGGAGAGGAAGGUAACCAUGGUGCUCUGGCCGAAUUUUUUGACCCGGUUUAAAGGUCUGUUUACGCUUUUAAAAAGAGGCCGAAAUGUUUCUGGUGGUCAAGCGACCACAAGUUUUAAAAGGUCUAGAAACUUGAACGUAUUGUACAGGGAGCAGAAAUAUUUUCUUCUUAAAAACAAAAAAACACCCUAUUUUUUUUAAAUAAAAAAAGAGAUAGGAUUAUAUAUCUUGCUUCUCCCUCCCCAGAUAUAUUUCUAAUUUUUAAGAAGUCCUUCCUUCCCCCCCUCCGCACUUUGUCACUACUUAGGGGUGGUUGGGUUGCUUUUGGGGGGGGGCGGAGUUUGUUGAAUCCUAAAAAUGGGCGAGAUCUGUGCAGGCCACUCCCCUCCCCAUCCCCCACCCCACUCUCACAAAUCUUGGCACCGAAAAAGGUGGGUUUCUAACCUCAAGGUAGCCACAGGUAGGUGGGCAGUGGAUGAUGAUUUUGAAAUUCUAAAAGGAAAGUUUAAGGAGCCUAGAUGUUGCUUUCACAAUCUGAAACUUUUAAAGACAAUCUUUAGAAAGUUCCUGAAUUUGAAAUGGGGUGGGGUGCGGAGGCUGACCUAUUUUUUAAAAAAUUAGGAUUGGGAACUCGCCACAAAGAUCACAUUGGUUCUUAAACAAAGCAAAUUUGGAGUGCAAUCAGUCUAAAUAUAGGUUGCCAGGAAAUGGCAUUUUUGCCAAUAGUUCUACUUAAAACAGGGCGGAAAGGGACAUUUGAAAGAGGAAAUCUCCCUCUUUCUCGCGUUUUUUUGCCCCCUGAUCCUGAACGCGUUUACACGUUGAGACUUAACUUCUGACUAGGAUUGAGGAUUCCCACCCUUCACUCUUGCUUUUUUUUAAAAACAGCCUGAUCUUGCACGUUUACUCAGAAGUAUGCCCCCAUGGUGCUCUCUGGGCUUGUUUGCUUCUGGGUUAGCAUGCCUAGGAUUGCAGCUUAGUUGCAUCAUGCACUGUCAGCAUGGAAAGGUUGGUCAUUCUUGGCUCCUGCGAAAAAUAAAACAAAGGCAGAAGUUUUGCGAUAAGACUCGCAAAACCCCGUGACUUGAAGUCGCAUUUGGCACCAGUUUUUUGGUUUUGCGCUUCAAAAUGAGCUACUUUUCCAUUCUGCCCAAAGAGGAAGAGUUCUGCGUAACUCAAAACCUUGCAUAACUCCUGCACUAGCAAACGUCGCCUAAGAUUGAAUUGCCUUACCUCUUUUAUACCCUUUUGGUAUAAAAGGCCACCGUAGUGUUAGCUGGCGCUCAUAGUAGGGUUGCUCCACAUUUUAGGAGGGAUGGGGCUUCCUCUGCCUCUUUAAUUAUUACCCAGAAAAGAGAAUAUUGGCAAGUGCAGCUUCCUCCACCCUUGACCGGUCGGGGAAGCCUCACUAGCUAGGAUUCCCCCCAUCGACACCAUUCUUAAAAUCACAGGAACCCUUUUCCCACAGAAUUGCUGGCGGCCGUCUAGUUGAAAGCCCGUGUGGUGGGAAAAUUUUCCCAGUAGUCUCCAAUUUAGAAACAAAAGCCUCUUUCUCUUUUCCUUCUUUCUUUCUUUUUUCUUUAAAAAACCCCCUGACAAUUCAGUUGCUUAGUCCUUGAUGCCGUUACUUUAACCACAACUUUUAGGAGUUUUGUGUCUGUUUUUUUAAAAAAAUGAGUUUUAGACCCGGUCCCAAGCCAGGCUUAAUUACUGCAGCUCACUUCCCCGUCCCUGCAGUCCAGAGCCCUCAGAUGUGAAAACAGGAGCGUAGGAGACCGUGCAAGUCAGUGUUUUGCACGGCCGUCUGUGUCUGUACGUGUGUGUUUGUGCAUGCCAGCCUGGCUCACCCGUAGCUGGGCCACCCUAGUUACCCUCAGUGGCACAUGACUAAGCUGGGGGCGUAGCAGUUUUCCAGGGAGAGAGCCGCUCUCUCAACACCCUCCCACAAAAAAAAAGCUUUCCCUUCUCUUUCUGCUGCCUGCCUCAUUCCCUCAAGAUCCCAGAGCAAAUCCUGGGAGUUCACUCAGAGGUAGGAGAGGGCUGGAGGCCCUACAGCAGGGGUCAGCAACCUAAGGCCCAUGGGCCACAAGCUGCCCAUGGGGGUCGUUUAACCGGCCCACAAGCCGCCCCUGAACAGAGCCUCCUGCUCGGUGAGUCCCCAUGCGCUGUGCUAAACAAGCACAGCACUGCGCAGGGAUUUGCUUUUGCAGUGCCGAAAAUCACGUCUGUGCAGAUGCAGACGCUGAAAAUCGCGGGCGCAAUCCAGCCCAUGGAGGGAUCUCCGUUGGAGUGAACUGGCCCAGGCAAGGUAAACCUUGCCGACCUCUGCCCUACAGAUAGGAAAAGGAGAUUUGGGACAUUGCGGGUCCCCUGGGGUCAGCCUCUGCAUGCAGAUCUUGCACUGAUCCACCCCAGGUAGGGGUUAAUUCAGAAAGUUUGAUUUAGACAGAGAAACUGGCAAGGAUUUGGCGGGGACCCCUGCUUCCAUCCCAGCUGGGGUGAUGCACGUUUUGCAAGAAUGCCUGCGAUGCCAGGAUCAGGACCCUUGUCACUGAGGCGGGUGGGGAGUCAAAAAAGAGUGCUCUCUCUCUUUCUUUCUUUCUCUUUCUCUCUCUUUCUCUCUUUUUCUUUUCUCGACGAGCCGCAUUGAGAAUUGCAGUCUGAGAGGGACGAAUAGCUGCCCUUGAAACCACUUUUGCCUCGUCCGCCAUUCACCUGUGCCUUCUCGUUGACAAUUUCACCAGCACCAAAAGAGAGAGAGCGUUAUAUACGUAGAUAAAUACACACAUAAUACGGGGGGGAGAGGGAAGAAACAAAAUACCCAACCCUCUCCGAUAUCUUCCGAGUUGGUGAGGGCAACUGUCAGUGGCACGGGAGAAUGGGGGGGGGCUGGGAAACGGGCUGCCGUUUUCCCCGGGUCUACUCCCCACCUCUGCCCCCAGAGCAAGGGGAAAGAGGCGGUUGGGGAGGAAACCGCCCCAUACACAACUGCCUCCCUGUUCCCAAACACACCUUCCUCUCCCCGCAUACAAACCACCCCCACCCCCCGCCUCACGCCAACUUCCAAGCAAGGAGUUGGCGUGGCACGAGGGGAAGGGGGGGCGAGCGGAGAGCUGGGUAGGAGUUGCAGACGCAAGGCACCGAGAUCUAGCAACGCAGACUGUUCAAUUUCAUUGCGAGCAAAACGCACACACAGACACACAUGCACACGUAUAUACAUAGAUAUUGCAUACACACAUGUGUAGAGAGACACAAAUGCACCGAUACCUGCACACAAGCAUGCGCAAUCUCACAACGAUGGGCCGCGUUUGGCCCAGGCAGCUCUUUUCUCCGAAAGCCGCAGUUGAACCACACGCACAGAACAAUAGAAUUCCCAAGCCAGGUGAAGAACACAGGAUGUUACGUCUAUCUUUUCUCUUUUUAAUUAUUGCGAUUGUUCUAAUUGUUGUUCUUCUGAUUCCUGACCCGUCGUUGUUUACCCCUCCCUCCCUCCCUUAACCUGGUUUCGUUGUGUUUCUUAUCCAAGAGACUUUGGUGAAACGACUAUGGCACCACCCUUUUUAUUAUGGUUAAUGUCGUCGUUCUGGUAGGGUUGUAGCUGUUUUUUUAAUUUCCUCGUCCGCCCCCAAAGCCUGGCGCUGCGCCCUCUGCCGCCGCCCCCUCCUUCGAAUUUUAACUAGUCCUGCUACUUUUGUAGAGGAAAGAAAGAAGAAGAAGGGAGGACAAGAGGGGUUGUGUCUCUUUCGUUCCUGUGACCAGCACUUGUUCCACAAAACCUCAAUCCCCACCGGCUGUCGUUUUCCUACAGGGCGGCUUCUCUCGCCCUCUCAGUGGCAUUCCUGGCGCGGCAAACCCGGGCCACGCCCUGCUUCCUCCGGGGACGUGUCAUGCGGACCACGCAUGAGGUGCUAAACUAUACACGCAAAAGCUGUGAUAAUCCUGUCCCCGGCGGUGGUUGUUUAAGGCCACGCUGUGGCUGUGGUGCUCUCUCUUCACACCUCCCUUCCACCUGCGAUGGCUGCAAACCCGGGUCCUCUGCCCUCACUCAGCUCUCUGACCUCGUAUUGGCAACGGGUAGCCAUACCCCAGUGCCAUGGUGCUCAGCUCACUUCCUUGUCCCUCCGUCUAUGUCUCACGCACGCACACUCAAAGGGAAUUUUGCCAGGCAGCAGCAGCAGCCAGCCAAAGAGCCAGCAAGGCUUUCAAGCCCGGGCGGAAGGCAGAAUUUCGGCAGGUUGCCAGGGACCGGCCUGCAGAUUGCAGCUCCUGGGGAAACUCCAUGCAGGAGGAAGCCCUGGAGGGUUGCUGCCAGCCAGUGUCCGUAACGCUAAGGCAGCUUCUUAUGAUGCCCUGUAACUCAACUGCGAUCGCAGCGCCGGGACAGGGAGAGGCUCCUCAUGCUUGAAUUCUGCCUUCUGUGUAACUCAAUGCCACGGGCACCUUUUCAGGGUCCAGGCCUGGCCACCCUCGGCCGGGAAGGGUGUGCUCUCGCCGAAUUGUCCACCGCUGCCACAGUGCAGCCAGAUGAAGGCGACCUCGUACCCAAAGACCGCCACGCCCUGCCUCCAGCUAGAGAGGCCCUGGUGCUCCACCCCUCCGGCUAGCGGAAGGGGUGGCUGGGCCACUCAGAGGCUGUGGCCCCCUUCCCUCCCUCCCUCCCUCUGGCUGUUGCGCUGCCCUCCGGGCCUGGUUACCGGGCUGCACAACGGCGCCCCUCCUGUGGCCAGUCAUGGUGUGCGUGGGCACAGCCAUCUUGCCGGGAAACCCUCGAAGGAGAACCCGCUGCGUUUUAUCGCAGCGCAAAUGUACACUUUUACAAGAGACACAACCGCCUCCCCUCCCCAUGCUUACACACGCACAUUGCUCCCUGCCCCCCGCCCCAGCGUUUGUCAUGGCCGGCCAGCACAGAAUGGAAAAUUCAGUGCGUUCAAACUGUCUCCUGAGGAACCGCCUUCUGAAAGGCCCCUCAGAGAGAGAGAGAGAGAGAGAGACAUAAGAGGACAAGCAGUCCUGAAAGAAAACCUGCCUGCCAGUACUGACCGUCCCCUGCACCAGGAGAGCAUAGUGGGCGUCUUCUAAGGCACACUUGGUUCAACUUUGGUGAUAACGAGGCCCAUGAACCAGAAUCAUGGGCAACGUGGAGAGGAUUCCCUGAAGGAAGAGAGCUUUCGGGGGUGUGGAAUCACAGAACUGAAAUCUUGGAUAAGGUCAUGGCCUUGCAGACUUGAAAACUGAGGCCCACGGUGCUUAGAACUCCUUUACCUGGGAUUGCAUCCGUUGUUAGCCGUACUAGGGGAGUAGACACAUUGAAAACGAAGGACCACAACGGGCCCAUUCAUUUAUUAGAACUAAGCCAGCUGCAAAACGCACACUCCAGGGUUGAGAAUGCCAGCAAGCUUUGAUUUUACGCUAAAACCGAGGCAACAUUUUCUGGGCCCAGAGGAAAACUGAGCAGUGCCACUCCCAAUGAGUCUUUGCUGCUCUUGGGCGGGAAGCGGUCAGUCUGGCAUUUUUUGAGGCACGGUGAUAACCCAGAAGGAACCCGCAGCUGACUGGCAGGUCGGUCUGCGUGGGUCGUGAAAUCGGUACUCAAGUCUGUAUUGCCGGAAGUGCUGACUGGCUAUGACAAGGGGGUGUAGGAAGGGCUUCCUCGAAGGGGAGCACACCGUAGCAGGCUUCAGCGUCUGUAAAGGCUUUGGGGAUUUGUUUAUAUAUAUAAUUUUUUUUUUCAGAAAAGAAGAAAUCUAUAUAUUGUUCCCUCUACCCUUGUGUGUGGUUAAUUUUUUUCCUCUCUGUGGCGGGAUCAGAUUUGCCCCCUGCCUCGUCUGUAUCUAUCGCUGUUGUGAAACAUAAAAUACGUCUGGUAACAUA